UUUUUUUUUUUUUUUGUUUUUGUUUUUGUUUUGUUUUAUUUUGAUUUUUUGUCUUCUUUCCAAUCUUGAUCUCAUCAUAUCUGAAGGGCUUGAGCAAGUUUUCCUUAUCUGCUUUAUUUUUUCCGGAGUUGAAAGGGGGUGAAUGAACAGACACAGGGUUUGUUUUAUUCUCAACCAAUCACAGAACAGGGUUUUCCCAGGAGAGAGAGAGAGAGAGAGAGGACACAGAAAACAAAACAGAUUCAUCAUGUGCAGCCUGGAGUGACCACAUCCCCUUUCGGAAAGCAGUGUGCAAAGGAACCGCGGAGAGCAGCCACCUACUUAAGAAAUGUUUACGGAAGGAGAGAAAGUGCUCAAAGGGAUGCACUAGGAAAAGAAGCCUGCCUGUUCCGGGAGUGCGAAUAUUCCUCAGUAAAGUGUGAUGAUAACCACGCCCUAUCAUCACCGUCACCCGUCCCUCCACAUAGCUUAAAGAGAAUGCAUUUGAGGUGAGGCAAGUAUGAAGGAGCUAAGUGUGCACGUGCGCCAGCAGACCCGCGCCCUUCUGCACAAGAUUCUGCUCAAGAAAUGGCGGAGGAAGAGAGAGAGCUUAUUGGAAUGGAGCAUACCAAUUAUUAUAGGACUGCAUAUGGGUCUGUUUUCCUACUUGGCAAGAAAUAUUCAGGUCCUCGAAGUCCCUCCUCAGGAUCUUGGAAGUCUAAAUGAAUUUAAUGGAUCUUCUCUAGUAGUUGUAUAUACACCGAUCUCUAACAUAACCCAGCAGAUAAUGAACAAAACAACAUUUGCUCCAACUAUGAAAGGAACAAGAAUCAUCGGGGUACCAAGUAUAGAAGACUUGGAUGAAGUUCUUCUGCACAAUAUACCGGACGCUUUAGGAGUCAUCUUUAAUGACAGUUUCUCUUACCAAUUAAAAGUCCUCAGGAUGUAUGGAAAUCCAUUUUUGAAAGAGGACUUAUUAGCUCAUUGCUGGGAUACGCAUUCUCAGGCGUUCUGUUCACUUUCCAAAUACUGGGAAAGAGGCUUCGUAGCUUUACAAACCGCCAUUAACGCUGGGAUUAUAGAAGUCACAACAAACCACUCGGUGAUGGAGGAGCUGAUGUCCAUCGAUGGGAUCAAUAUGAAGACAUUACCUUUCAUUCCUAGAGAUCUUUCGGAUUACGAAAUUUUUAUCUUGUUCUGCUUGCUUUAUUUCUCCUCGUUUAUAUAUUUUGCAUCCAGCAAUGUUACUAAAGAGAGAAAACAGUGUAAGGAGGUCAUGAAAGUCAUGGGUCUACAAGACUCUGCAUUCUGGCUGUCCUGGGGCUUAAUCUAUGUUGGCUUCAUCUUUAUUAUUUCCAUAUUCAUUGCAAUUAUCAUAACAUCUACCCAGAUUAUAAUGAUGACUGGUUUCCUGGUCAUAUUUACGCUGUUUUUCUUAUAUGGAUUAUCCUUGAUAGCAGUCACUUUCCUGAUGGCUGUUCUGUUGCAGAAAGCUGUCCUCACAAACCUAAUUGUACUUUUCUUUACCCUCUUUUGGGGGUGCGUGGGGUUCACUGUACUGCACAAAGAACUACCCCCAUCUCUGGAAUGGGUUCUGAGCAUCUUCAGCCCCUUUGCCUUCACAUCUGGGAUGGCUAAGGUUAUCUUCCAGGACUACAACCUGAAUGGUGUAGUAUUUCCUGACCCCUCAGGAGAAUCCUAUGUAAUGAUAGCAGUAUUUUUCAUAUUGGCUUUUGAUAGUCUUCUCUACUUGGUUUUGGCCCUGUAUUUUGACAAAAUCUUGCUCUAUGGCGCCGAGCACCGGUCUGCUCCACUGUUUUUCUUGAAUCCAACAUCUUGUUUUCGAAAAACAGCGAAUAGAAACAAGGUCAUUGAGAGAGACCUAGACCCCGAGCUUCCUUCGGAUGAGUAUUUUGAACCGGUAGAUCCAGAAUACCAAGGGAAAGAAGCCAUCAGAAUAAGAAAUAUUAAAAAGGAAUAUAAAGGGAAGUCUGGGAAAGUGAAGGCUUUGAAAGGCUUGUUCUUGGAUAUCUAUGAGAGUCAAAUCACAGCAAUUCUGGGCCACAGUGGAGCGGGCAAAUCUUCAUUACUAAACAUCCUCAGUGGAUUGUAUGUUCCAACUGCAGGGUCAGUCACAGUCUACAAUAAAAAUCUCUCUGAUAUGCAAGACUUGAAGGAAAUCAGGAAGGCGAUUGGUGUUUGUCCUCAACAUAACGUUCAAUUUGAUGCACUCACUGUGAAGGAAAACCUCACUCUCUUUGCUAAAAUAAAAGGGAUUCUUCCACAGGACGUAGAGCAAGAGGUACAACAAAUCUUAUCAGAAUUGGACAUGCAGAAUAUUCGGGACGAUCUAGCCGAACAUUUAAGCGAAGGACAGAAGAGAAAGCUCACUUUUGGCAUUGCCACUGUAGGAGAUCCUCAAAUUUUGCUCUUAGAUGAACCUACUGUAGGACUCGAUCCCUUUUCGAGGCAGCGAAUAUGGGGUUUCCUGAAGGAACGCAGGGCAGACCACGUGAUCCUCUUCAGUACUCAGUUCAUGGACGAGGCUGACAUCCUUGCUGAUAGGAAAGUGCUCAUCGCCAACGGAGCUCUCAAGUGCACAGGGUCUUCCGUCUUUCUGAAGAGAAAAUGGGGUCUUGGAUAUCACUUAAGUUUGUUUAUGGAUGAAACGUGUGAUUCAGAGCGGCUAACAUCCUUCAUCAACCAUCACAUCCCAUAUGCUAAAUUAAAGGCCAAAACCAAAGAAAAGCUUGUGUACAUUUUGCCACUGGAAAGGACAAGCGAAUUCCCAGAGUUCUUCAGUGAUCUCGAUAAAUAUUCUGGCCAGGGCUUGAUGAGUUAUGAAGUUUCCAUGUCAACUCUCAAUGAUGUCUUCCUGAACCUGGAAGGAGAACCAAGUACCAAACAGGACUUUGAGAAAAGAGAAACAGCAACAGACUCAGAAAGCUUAAAUGACAUGGAGGUGGCUUACCCUUCUCUCUCUCAAGUUCAGGAGACUGUGAGCACCAUGAGCCUUUGGAGAAUGCAAGUCUGUGCUAUAGCACGGCUUCGCAUCUUAAAGCUAAAACGAGAGAGAAAAGCAUUUUUGAUCAUUCUACUGCUUCUUGGAAUUGCUCUGCUCCCACUGGUCAUAGAAUACGUGGCUAACGCUUUGCUAGAGGUAAAAAACAACUGGGAAUUUAAAACAGACUUGUAUUUCCUGUCUCCUGGACAACUCCCUCAGGGUCUGCGAACCAGCCUAUUGGUCAUCAAUAACACAGAAUCAAACAUUGAAGAUUUCCUACAGUCACUGAAGCAUCAAAACAUAGUUUUGGAAGUAGAUGACUUUGAAAACAGAAAUGCUACCAACAGCCUUUCCUACAACGGAGCUAUUAUAGUUUCUGGAAGACAAAAGGAUUACAGAUUUUCAGCUGUGUGUAACACCAAGAGGCUGCACUGCUUUCCUAUAUUAAUGAAUGUUAUCAGCAAUGGGAUCCUCCAUAUGCUCAACCACACACAGUAUAUUAGGAUUAAGGAAGAUAUAUUCUCACCAUUCAUCGUGCUAGUCUGGACUGGGAUACAGGAAACUUGCCUGUUCAUAUUGUGUGUUAUAUGCAGCCUCUCUCCACACAUUGCCAUGAGCAGCGUCAGCGAUUAUAAAAAGAAAGCUGAUUCCCAGCUGUGGAUUUCUGGCCUCUACCCUUCGGCCUACUGGUGUGGACAGGCAGUAGUGGACAUUAGCCUCUUCAGCGGAAUGCUUCUCACAAGCUACUUCACAUCAUACACGUCAAAACUGUUGAACAUUGACAUGACAAGCGAAAUUGUGUUUUCUGUAAUUGUUCUUGCACUUGGCUGUGCAGCCUCUCUUGUCUUCUUGACAUAUGUGAUAUCAUUUGUUUUUGGCAAAAGGAAGAAAAACAGCACCCUCUGGUCAAUUUGCUUCCUUCUUGUCAUAGCCAUUACGUUUGAAAAAGUUGCAAAUGGUCCCUUCAAUGAAGCACUGGUUAUUUCUGCCACAAUGUUAGUACCUUCCUUUGCAUUGAAUGGACUCCUGGUUGUCUUGGAAAUGAGAGCCUAUCAGUACUACAUAGAAUUUGAAGAGAUUAAACAUGGUUUAUCUGCGGUUGAUCUUCUGUUAUGCCUAAUACCUUACAUUCAUACUCUGCUGUUCAUUUUUGUUCUGAGAUGCCUGGAACUGAAAUAUGGGAAGAAUGUAGUACGGAGGGAUCCCAUCUUCAGGAUAGCUCCACAAAGUCUAAAAGCUCAGCCAAAUCCCGAGGAACCUAUAGAUGAAGAUGAAAACGUUCAAGCAGAAAGACUGAGAACGUCCGACGCCCUGAGCACUCCAAACUUAGAUGAGAAACCGGUCAUAAUCGCCAGCUGUCUGCACAAGGAGUACGCAGGUCAGAAGAAACAUUGCUGUUCAAGGAGGACAAGGAACAUGGCAGUGAGGAACGUCUCUUUUUGUGUUAAUAAAGGUGAAAUUUUGGGAUUGUUAGGACCCGAUGGUGCUGGUAAAAGUUCCUCUAUCAGGAUGAUAGCUGGGAUCACAAAGCCAACAGCUGGACAGGUGGAAUUAAAAAGGUUAAGUUCAGCUGUGGGUCACCAGGGCGACAGCAGGGCUGAGUUUGGAUACUGCCCUCAGGAGAACGGGCUGUGGCCCAACCUGACAGUGAAGGAACACCUGGAGUUGUAUGCUGCUGUGAAGGGGCUGAGGAAGGAGGAUGCUGUCGUUGCCAUUUCAAGAUUAGUGAAUGCUUUAAAACUACACGACCAGCUGAAUGUCCAAGUACAGAACCUAGUUGCAGGAGCCACCAGAAAGCUGUGCUUUGUGCUGAGCAUCCUGGGAAAUUCACCUGUCCUGAUUCUGGAUGAACCAUCCACAGGCUUAGAUGUGUCAGGGAAGCAUCAAGUGUGGCAGGCAAUCCAGGCAGUUGUUAAAGACAAUGAGAAGGGCGUCCUCUUGUCUACCCAUGACCUGGCUGAGGCGGAGGCUCUGUGUGACCGAGCAGCCAUCAUGGUGUCUGGAAGGCUGAGAUGCAUCGGUCCAAUCCAACACCUGAAGAGGAAGUUUGGCCAGGAUUACGUUCUGGAACUCAGAGUGAAGGAUGUUUCUCAAGAGCCAUUAGUUCACAGGGAGAUUUUGAAGCUCUUCCCCCAGGCUGCACGCCAGGACAGAUGUUUCUCCCUGCUGACCUACAAGCUACCCGUAACAGAUGUUCAUCCUCUGUCUCAGGCCUUCCAUAAACUAGAAGCAGUGAAGCAUGGCUUUGACCUGGAAGACUACAGCCUCUCUCAGUGCACACUGGACAGAGUAAUUUUGGAGCUUUCGAAGGAACAGGAGCUGGGAACUGUUUAUGAAGAAGCUGAUAUGACCCUGGGAAGGAAACUCCUCCCUCCCUCAGAUGAACUGUAAAGUCUCAGACCUGAUCAUUCGGUUAUCCCACAAACUUGUUUUGUACAGUAGUGAACAGAAUUAAUAGUCUCAAAGAUGUUUUCAUGUUAACAUUAGACAUCUGUUCAGUCAACAUCAAAAUAAAAUUCACAAUUAUUCAUGUCUCAAAACUUAGAGGCUAUGAGGAAUUAUAAACUACUUGUAAAAAUCACCCAGAACCAGGCCAACCGACUACUGUAGAGACAAAACUACAAACUCAAUUUUAAAAAGAAAUUAGUUUGUAACAAUGUACUAGCUAGUUUUGUGUGUCAACUUGACACAAGCUGGAGUUAUCACAGAGAAAGGAGCCUCCCUUGACGAAAUGCCUUCAUGAGAUCCAGCUGUAAGGCAUUUUUUCAAUUAGUGAUCAAGUGGGGAGGGCCCCUUGUGGGUGGUGCCAUCCCUGGGCUGUUAGUCUUGGGUGCUAUAAGAAAGCAAGCUGAGCAAGGCAGGGGAAGCGAGCUUCUGGAUCCUGAUGUUUUGUGCAGGAAUAGAAAUGCUAAGACAAACAAUUAUCAGAACUUUUACUUGCAGAAACAUAUGAGAAAUGUCCUCAGAGCCCUUUUCUGCCAUACAUGGGCUCCUGCACACAUAUGUGCAUAGACAGACACUCAUGUAUAAAUAAAAUAAAUAGGCUUUAAAAAGAAUAUUUGUAUAAUAGAAAAUAUAAAUUAAAUAAUGCUUUACAAAAGAGCCCCUAUAGUUCUUCCUUCAUACAAAAAUUCAAUUGUUUACUUCCUUAAUCCAGUUUUGUAGAGUUGUUACCAUAUAUGGUAUACAUAUUUCUUAACUAUAUACUUAUAUUUACUUUUAUUGCAUCGAUUUUUUUUUCUUUCAAAGUUAAAGUAAUGUUGAAGCAUUAUAUAUUUUCAUUUAAAUUUGUGUUGUUAAAAUUCUUUGUUCAUUUACUUUUGUGUUUUAAUCUUUUUACUACCCAUUUACAGGGUUUAUAUGUAAUGAACUCGUUUAGGGACGUGUUUCGCAGUUGAACACCACUAUCUGGAAGGUUGAUCUGGUCGAGAGGCAAACAUUUCAGGGGAUGCUAUGAGUUGAAAAUUUCUUACCUGACAGGUGACAGGUCAAGGUCAAAUCAAGGCUCAUUAAAACUACUGCAUUAAAUUACCUUUGGGCUUUGUAUAUAAGGUGCAUUGGAAACAUAGUGAAUUGUAUGCCAGGAAUUAAGUCCCAUAUCCAAGCUAUCUAAUUAUGCAUGGGCCGACAUUUCAAAUCUGAAACACUUCAGCCUGUACUACCAUGAUAGCCAGAUGUUCUAUCUGCAAUUCUAUGGUAAAUAAUCGAUAGUUACUGUUGAGGAGAUAACAGUCCCUUUUAAGAGUUUCUGUAGGUUUCAGAGCCAUGGUUUUCUUGCGCCGAGAAAUAUAAUGGACUUUCAGAUUCCUUGUAAAUAAAGAAAUGCUGACUUCCAAGCUGCCUACUUUCCAGAGGUAAAGGGGUUAAAUUUUUAAUUAUUAUGAGUUUUAAGUUAAUGAAGACUUAUAUUUAAAUCCCUACCUGGGACUACUGUCUAACACAUCGGACACCACAGUUCCAAAACUUAUCAGUACCAUGGCCUCAGCUCCAACUGUAAGAUUUAGAGAGGAUUUAGGCAUGAUCAUGCCUUUCCCCUCCAAGUAGCAUUUUUUUAUAUUUUAGCUCUCUGUUAUACCACCUACCUUCCCACAAAUUAGUCACCAUCAUCAUGAUUCUGUGCACCAAUAUUUAUUUAUUUUUUUACAAAAGGACUCAUAGAGCAUGAAGCUACUUCCUUUCAAGGGAAAGUGUUGGUAGUUCCUUCAGAGAUCACCAUAAAAGACAAAAGUCUCAGGAUUUUUUUUUCUGACAAUAUAUUGCUCACUCUACCCUUACAAGAUGAAUUAUAUUUCAGCUGGCUUAUCAAUCAGCAUGUGUACUUGUCUUUCAUGGUUGAUCAGUUUUGGUAGCCAAUAUUUCUAUCAGCCCACUAUUUUCAGUUGUUAGGUGAACUUUUUAUUGAUUAACUUUUAUGAUUUCAUCCACAUGUAUAAUGUAUGUUAGUCAUCUACAAGUAUAGUGUAUAUUGAUCAUGACACAUGUUUAAUAUGUGUUAAUUGUACAUGCAUAAUACAUGUAUAUCAUUCAUGUGUAUAAUGUAUAUUGAUCAUUCAUGUGUAUAAUGUAUGUUGACCAUCCAUGUGUAUAAUGUAUGUCGAUCAUGUACCUGUAGAAUGUAUGUCAAUCAUGCACGUGUAUAAUGUAUGUUGAUCAUGCAUGUGUAUAAUGUAUGUUGAUCAUCCAUGCAUAUAAUAUAUGUCUAUCAUUCAUGUGUAUAAUGUA